AUGCCGGCCGUCAUGCCGACCCCAACCAGCCCGCCCGGUCCAGCGGCCACCCCAUCCAUUGCGGACGCCGAGAAGUUCAUCGAAGAUGCCUGGCUCAACCAAGAGCUGCAGGACGAGUUCUUGAACGCGUCGGCGGCCGGCGGGGACAUGACGGCGUGGUUCACGUCCAAGGGCUACAACACGUCGCUCCCCGAGGUCAACUACGUGUGGGACAAUUGGAGCAACAAGUCGCUCACGUCCUUCUCUGGCACCUACAACACGUUCCUCAACGGGCAGCCCGGCGGCCCCACCGUGACGGUCGCCGCCGGCUCCGUCACGAUCAACGACGUGGCCCUCAUCGGCUACACCUUCACCAACGGCACCCUCGCGUGGACGGCGGACAAGAACACGUCCAGCGGCUCGCUCACCUUUGUCAGCUUCGUCGACCUCAACCUCGGGCCCGGCACGGCACCGCCCACGGGCCCCAACAUCUACAUCGGGCCGCAGUUCAAGGGCCAGUUCGCGCCGUUCGGGAGCUACCCGGCCGGCGGCCAGCCCAACAUUUACGGGCGCGUCGGGCGCUUCCCCGCCGACUUUGCCAGCGAGAUCACCAGCGACCCCAGCAGCGCCAUCGACCACGCGCUGCCGUCGGCGGGCAGCGCGCUGGCUCAGUGGGCCGACACGUACUCGAUCAACGAGUACGACGCCGGCUCCCAGAAGUGGGUGUCGACCAGCGACACGCUCGUCAUCGGCACCGACGGCUCGCUGCAGUACAGCGGCACAGCCAUCACGACCUUCUCCUUUGUCAGCGAGUUCCUCAAGAUCGAGGCCGGCGUCGGCGGCAACACGUUCAAUCUACAAGCGGCCUUCAUCAGUACUGACCACUCGACCAGAGCCGACCCGUACGCGGGCAACCAGUUCUGGGGCCUCAAGUGGGCGGCCGGGGCGACGGCGCCGACGGGCAAGCCCAACAUCAUGGGGACGGUCAGCGGGGGGCCAUCCAACCCGCCGUGGUACUUCACUCUCCUGGCGUGGCUGACCAGGCUCGCCGGUUUCGGGCUCGUCCUCUUGCAGAUCCACCACGGGCUGCAGCAGGAGCAGGAGCAGCGCCGGCGGCUACUGCAGGAGAUUCGCGAGCGCGCCAACGACCAGAACGACAUCGACCCCAACGAAACAGGGCCGCAAGGCGAGCGCGCCCCGCCGCCGUCGCCCGCCAGCGGCCGCUCGGAGAAUGGCGACGACAGCGGCGGCGAGAGCGACCACAGCGACAACCACAGCGAGCUGGACUCGGCGGACGAGAAGGAGAAGAACGAGCUGACCAACUCGGCCAAGAACGGCGAGGGCAAGCAAGUCAGCGGCGACGUCAACAAGGGGAACGGCGAAUCGGGCGCCGGCGAGGAUCCCGCCAACGAGGACCCCGCGGUCACCGACGGCCCGAUCGAGGCCGGGCCGUUUGAGCUGCGAACCAACGGCGGCCUGUUCAAGGGCGUCAAGUUCGGUAGUGGGGACAUGACCGGGUUUGACGAUGUAAUUCCGGACGGGUUCGAGUGAGGUCGGACAGUCAAGAUACCUACCUACAAGGCAGGCAGAU